AUGGAGUUUUUUGAAAGUACUCUCACAGACGGACAUCUCGCCGCCUCCCCGCACAACCCCGAAACCUCCACCACCCUCCCCACCAAUAUUCAUCUCGACCUCCCUAUCCCCGACCCACACCUCGGCUUCAACGAGCGCACUACGCAGUGGGUACACGACAACACAUGGGUUUAUACUAUAGCCUUCAACCGCACCGAGGCCCUUGAUGCCAGAGUCUGUCUUGUGUUCGAGGGUCUCGACACGUUCGCUACCGUCUCACUGAACGGGACGCGCAUUCUGGAAUGCCAGAACAUGUUUCGUAGUUACAGGGUCGAUGUGACAGACAUCGUUAGUAUGGGGGAAAAUAAGGUGGUGAUGGAGUUUCGGAGCGCGCUGAAGGAGGGUGACCGAAUUAUGGCGCAGAACGGUGGUGAGAGGGUCACGUGGAAUGGACAUUAUUCGAGGGUGUUUGUGAGGAAGGCUCAGUAUCAUUAUGGCUGGGACUGGGGCCCUUCACUCAUAACCUGCGGCCCCUGGAAACCUAUUCGUCUCCAGAUCUACACAGACCGCAUCUCCAACACUAAGAUCGAGCAAGCCCUCAGCGCCGACCUCAAAACCGCAAUUCUGACCCUUAUCGCCACCACUGAGACUAUCUCGCUAACCCUCACACCUGCCUCCACUGCAAAUACCUGGGAAACUAAACAUACCCUCACCUCCCCCGAGCUAUGGUACCCGCACCAGCAUGGCCCCCCAAAUCUUUACACCAUAACUUUCACGCUCAAAGCUAGUGGAAACGCCGCUUCCACCCCGGGGCCCCUCCAUACCGCCCACAAACGCAUAGGUAUCCGCAGAAUCCUCCUCAUCCAGGAUCCUCUUCCACAGCUCCCCGAUACCCCUGUCUCCGGCGGCACAACAUUCUACUUCAACAUUAACAACACCCCCCUCUUCAUAGGCGGCUCCAACUGGAUCCCCGCACACUCCUUCCUCCCCGCCGUAAAGACACAAACCCUCCACAACCUUCUAUGCCUACUCCGCGACCGCGGAAACCAGAACAUGCUUCGCAUUUGGGGCGGAGGCGUCUAUGAGAGCGACGAGCUCUACACGCUCUGCGACGAGCUUGGCAUCCUCGUGUGGCAGGACAUCUGUCUUGCUUGCGGCGACUACCCUGCGCAUCUAGACAGCUUUACCUCCGAGAUCUGUGCGGAGGUGCGCGAGAACCUGGAGCGGCUGCGGUGCCAUCCGUCUUUGGUGAUUGUGGCGGGUAACAAUGAGGACUACCAGGUAGCGGAUGAAGAGCUAGGGUAUGACGCAAAGCAGCCGGAGGGAGAAUGGAGAAAUAGUUCGUUCCCAAGUAGGUGGCUAUACGAAAAGAUCUUUCCGAAUAUUAUAAGGGAUGUUUGUAAUGGAAAUACGGGCGCGGAGAUUGGGCAGGCGGGUAUUGAUGGGACGGGAGUGGUGUAUUGGCCAGGAAGUCCAUGGGGAGGUGAAGAUAGUACAGAUCGGACAGUGGGGGAUAUACAUCAAUGGAAUAUUUGGGGCGGCCUUCAAGCACCCUACCAGCGCUAUCCAGACCUCGGCGGCCGCUUUAUCUCUGAGUUCGGCAUGCCCUCUUACCCCAGUAUAUCAACCAUUAAGAACGGUUUCCUCGACCCAGCCGUCCCCUUUGAUGAAAAUGACUGGAACCCUGAGGCCGAGAUCAUCGAGCACCACGUCAAGGCUCAUAGCUUUCAGAAGCGCUUGCUUGGAUAUCUAGGCGAGAACUUUAGGGUUAUAUAUGGAAACCUGCCGGAGCGUAUAUAUUUAAGCCAGCUUCUGCAGAGUGAGGCAAUGAACUAUGCAUACCGUGGUUGGAGGCGCAGGUGGGCGAGUCGUGACUGUGGUGGUGCGCUUGUGUGGCAGUUAAACGAUGUCUGGCCCGUGACUUCCUGGUCCAUAAUCGACUUCCACCUGCACCCCAAACCGGCCUUUUACACCAUCGCCCGCGCCCUCUCCCCGAUAAUCCCAAUCAUAACCCGCACCACCACCAACCCCAAACCCAACUCCCAGCUCGAAGCCCUCGUCCGCUCCAAAACUACCCGCGGCGCCGGCUCCCACCCCCUACACUCCACACCACACAUCUACCCCCCAAACAAAGUACCAUACAUGUCAGCAUCUCCUCCAUUCACCCCCACACCCCCACACCCGUCACUGCCGAAGUCCGCACCAUCAAUAUUGCUACAGGCGCCAUCUCCCUUUUGCUUAAAACUGAGCUCACCAUCCCGGCCAACGGCGCCGUCGACCUAG